AUGCGGAAUUCUCUGAAAAAUUUCCAGGCAGCGGAAAAAUCAAACGAGGAUGAAAUCAUUCAGACCCUCCGCAGUGAAAUUUGCUCUUCCAUUAUUUGCGCUUUGGAUACUGUGAAGUGUCGCUGCGAACAGCUUGAUGUGGACAAAAAGCGCUUUGAUGAUGUCCUGGAUACUUGGCUGGCACUGCAAACCCUCAGGCUCGAGUACGAAGUGCUCUUCACACGUAUUUCUUCAGGUCAGUCGUGGGACACGGCUGACAUUUACACUUUUCCCGAUCAUGUCCUUCAAGAGCUCGUGCAGGUACGCUCAAAGUUUGAGGAGCAGCUGGCCUUUAAAAUCCGUAUGACCAAACUUCGGACGGAGCAUUUGGAGAAGAUAAAACCUCACCUGGGUGCUAUGUGGCCGAAAUUGGCGGAAAAUGCUGCAAUUAACGACUACGUUCGGUUAUUAAAGUUUCAAAUAAGCAGCAUUAACCAAGCAACAAAGACUUUUGAGAUCGACGUAAAGAGGUUGGAAAAGAUGGAGAAAGCGAAUGCGAAAAAGUUUUUAAAGUUGAAGCAAUUUGACAGAUAUGGAAACUGCUCGUUGCUGAGCUGUUGGAGACGUAAAACACAGCUGACCUCGUCCAACCUCCACGUUUGGCAUUACUCCCUAGGCUUGACCAUGCCUGCUCAGGGUGACGAAGUGGUUUCAACUCUACAAACAGAAGACGAGGAAGAUGCAAGGAAGGCAGCAAUAAAGUGUUUCCGGCAGUUGUGGAGCUAUGAGGGCGACCCAGAUUGCUGGCGUUUACCAGGUCAAAUGAUCCGCUUAGUGCACCAUCUCGGCGAUGUCGAGCAGAGACUGCUGGAGAGUCAAGCGCGUGUGGAGGAACUUGAGCGAGUUGAACAGCAGAUGCGGAAGAUCAGGAACGAAAAGAACCUGCUGCAUCACGAGCUGGCACGUAACCGCAAGUUCCUGACGCAGGUGCUGCUGGAGAAGCUGGUCACUGACAACCUGACGCUGAAGCAGUUUCUUAUGAACAGCAAGUUUCCACAGAGUGAAGACCCCGUGGUGCAGCAGCUGGUGCUCAAGAACGCCACUCUCGAACAGCAGGUGCAAGUACUGGAGGAGGUGGUCAAAUUCAGUCGCGAGGAGGCAACCAGGCACAAGGAGCGCUCGUGUAACAUCGCCAACAGCCUGAACAACGCCAUCAACUCGCUUGAGCAGAUCGCAAUUAUGUUUAUUUUGCACGAGAGGACUGAUCAGCAGCUCAUUUUUAAACUCAAGUCAGUCGUGCAAAACGAGAGGCUGCAGAACCUUUUCGGCCUGCUCAACAAAGAUGAUCUAAUGGUGCUGCAGGAGUAUCUGCAGAAGGGCAACGUGGAGCAGGUGUUGUCCGAACUGAUGGAGGAGCUUUAUCAGCAGCAGAGUGCUUUUUGUGACAUCAUGCAGCAGCUGGGCCCCGAAGGCCUGGCUGCGGCAAUCAGCUCACUCGCGCCAGCCCAGUUGAUAGCAUUGGAGGAGGCUGUUGCUGAUGAGAGACUGGACACUACAACGGAGCUGCUGCGCGGCGCGAAACGAGAUCAGGUCGACCAAAACCCAGCUGAGCAGGUCGAGCUCAUCGUGCAGCGGCUGCUUGAGAUACUGCAUCGCCUUCAGUAGACAAGAUUAUUUAAUCAAAUUUGUAGAUUAAUUGGAAUCUCUGGUUCGAUCCGAAGU